CUGCUGCUGAAUUAGUCUACUCAAGUAUGGCACUGUCCUUCCACCUCUGACCAUGUAGGAGCUUCUCUUCAAGUGGACUCUGGAGAGGUGAUCGCUUGACUCUGGUCCUGAUUUGGAGAUGGAGGAAUCGUGCUCUUCUUCUACCAUAUUUGAGCAGCAGCUGCAGUGGCAGGAGGGACUGAGUGGCACCAAGACAGACUUGGUUGGGCAGAGUCUCAUUUCAUCUGAGAAAUGGCUUCAACAGCAUGGGCUCAAGAGCAACAAGCUGACCUUGCAACAGAUCUUGUCACAGGUUGCAUUCCCACAAAGUGAAGAUUAUGUGACUUCUCUGGGGAGACUUGUGACUUCUCGCUAUGCCGAUGGCCUGUUUCCACAGUACUCCGGAGCAGAAGAUGGCAGACUGUAUAAUCUGACAGCCAAAUCAGAGCAGAUCUAUCAGUUUGUGGAAUAUUUAACACAAGCUGUGGAGAACUAUAAGCGGAGGAUGGAUUGGCUCACCAGCAAAAGCCGGCAGAUUUUUGGUGUCAUCUUGGAACAGUGUAUCACCAUAGUGCUGGAUUUCAGUGACAUUCUGGAGGGGGAGCUCAAUCUGUGCCGAGAUGCUCUGACAAUGGUCCUUCAGGAGCAGGUGGCUCACAUAACCAAGUUCAAUAUCAUAUGGGCUUCUGCAGAGUCUGUGAAAUGGCGAGAAAAGGCUACUACUGUGACUGAACGUACCAUAGCUGCUGCCAUCAACUGGAUUGAAAAACGGACUUUUGAGCCAGUGGGUAUGGGUGAGGUUAGCUGCCUGGACGCUCUGCUUGAUGCUGGGGAAGAUGAAACGAUUGAGUCCAUUUACUACUUUGUGGUGGGGGACAUUUCCAAGGAAUCGAAGAAACUUCUCCUUCAGGGGGCUUUGGUGAGUCCAUAUCCAAUCUGCACAGUGUCCUUCAACGCCAGAGGAGAAGACAUGAUAGAUUUCCUAAAAGAUCUGAGUGCCAAGACCCAUGGCAGAUUCCACGCAUUUGCAGAGAGAACAGAGUGUCUAGAAUUUUCUGCGUUUUCUACAAAGGAUGAUGACAGUGCAACUACUUUGAAUUCAAGGAAACUGAAAGGGAAACUCCCUCCAGGGGCUGGCGUCCGAGAGGAUGUGUUUCUCAUUUGGAGAGAAAUGGAGGAAGCCAGUAGCACACUGGCUCAGGUCCAGAAGCUGGCGGCCACAUGUACCCAGUCCAGUACGUCCCCAACAGACUGUGAGCUGGGAGCAACGUCUGUCAAGAAUGAAUCAAAUCCAGAAGACACCUGGGACUCUCAGAAGUGGUUGCAGAAAUACGGCUUGAAGGCCCAGAAACUGUCAUUUUAUGAUGUCCUUGCAGACUGCUCCUUCCGCCAUGCUGACGGAGUUGUUGACAUAAAAGGCAAACCAGAGGAUGAGUCUGUGCGGACCAGUGCGGAGAACAACAAGAAGACAGUCCAUGCAAAAUAUUGUAGCAGAUUUGUCCAUGCUCCCUGGAAGGAUGGGAGUGUGGUCCAUGUCAACAUUACCAAGGAGAAAUGCAAGUGGUACAGUGAGAAGAUUCACAUAGCUCUGGCCAGGAUCCAAAGGAGAAUUAAAUGGCUACAAGAAGGAAGUCAGAUCCUCUUUGGAAAAGUACAUAAAGAUUGUAUAUAUGUCCUCAUUGACACAUCUCAUUCAAUGAAGAGCAAACUAGAGCUGGUCAAGGACAAGAUCAUCCGGUUCAUACAGGAACAAUUGAAAUAUAAAAGUAAAUUCAAUUUUGUGACAUUUGAUGGUCAAGCAAUAGCUUGGCGGGAAAAACUUGCUGAAGUCAACGAAGAUAAUUUGAAAGAAGCUCAGUCCUGGAUCAGAGACAUUAAGGUUGGAAGUUCCACAAACACCCUGAAUGCCCUAAAAAUGGCUUUUUCUGAUCAAGAAACACAAGUAAUCUACCUUCUGACAGAUGGGAGACCUGAUCAGCCUCCUGAAAUGGUGAUAGACCACGUCAAACUGUUUCAGAAAAUUCCUAUUCAUGCCAUCUCCUUCAGUUACAAUGAUGAGAUUGCAAAUGAAUUUUUGAAAGAGCUUGCGUCUUUGACUGGAGGAGAGUUCCAUUCGUAUCAUUUUGGUCACAAGGAUCCCAUUCCUCAGGAGGCUGUUCAGAAUGAAGAUCUGAGUCUUUUGGUUGAGGAAAUGCAGCAGGGAUGCAGUGACCUGGAGAAGAUGCAAACCCUUUACUCUGAGUCCUUGAUCAUGGACUGGUGGUACAACAGAGACAAGGAAGGAGACAGCAAGCAUCAGAAGGAAAUCUUCUCUCUGGGUUCAACUCCAGGAAACUGUGCAAAGCCUCAAUGUGAUGCUGAAUUGAUGGUCACCUCCUCCCUAAAUAUGUUGAAAGUAUCAUCGGACCUUUUGGGUGAAAAGCUUCCAAAAAAGAAAGUCCUCCAUGCAGAACCUACCAAAACCAGCCUACUCAGAAGGCAGAUGUCCACUCUCAAGAGACCAGGCUGCAGUGAACAGGACAGCCUCUCCAACUCCAGCAGCUGGACCACUGCUCCUAGUAACAAAGAAACGAAUAUCCUGCUGACGAAUGGGAAUCUGGAUGACAAAUUGUCAGAAAAAUUGACUCAAGAAGAAAGUCAAGUUUCUAUCAGCUCUUCAGAGAUGUCCUCAGCACUCUGGCUUCAGUCCCAUGGUCUUGUUGCCAAGAAACUCACCAUCAUGGAUGCCUUGUCAGAGACGGCAGUGCCCCACAGCCCCACUUACGUCCCCGUUCUGGAUAAGCAUGUCGUUUCCAAGGUCUUUGAUAAGGUGUUUCCUCUGGCACAUGUGUGCAGUAACACCAAUAAGGUGACAUUAGUUAACCCCCAAGGAGCCAAACUCAAUAUCUACAUGCAAAAAGUGGAAAAGGCAAUUAAAUCCUAUGAAAAGCGCUUGGAUGGAAUUGUUUGGCGAGCACUAUCUCAAGAGGAAAAAGAAAAAUUAGAUGCAGUCAAACCAAUACAGUACUUGGAAAACAAGACAGCUUUAAAUAAAGCAUUGGAACGGCUGAAUUGGCCCAUUUCCUUGAAAGAGCUGUCAAUACUGGAAAAUGAAAUCCUGGCUGGGAAAAUGUACAUCCAGCAGGCCAUGGAACUCCAGGAGGCUGCCAGGAAGAACUGUGUGAGCAGAGCACCAGAAGAGCAACAGAAAUUGCAAGGAAUUUCAACAAAGAAAAUCAAAUCAAAAAAAGUAUAUCCCCUCACAGGCCAGAAGGUUAUUGCAAGAUGUGAUGAAAAUGGCUUUUACUUUCCAGGAGUUGUGAAAAAGUGCUUGAGUCCCACCCAUGCCUUGGUAGACUUCAGAUAUGGAGAAUCUGAGAUUGUGCCCACCGCCUUCAUCACACCUGUUGGGGGUGCCAUGCCCUGCCCACUGCUGCAGGUUGGAGACUAUGUAUUUGCCAAAAUUAUGAUUCCCAAAGGAUUUGACUUCUAUGUUCCUGCCAUUGUCAUAGCACUUCCAAAUCAGCAUGCGCCCUCUGAGAAAUUCUACACAGUUUUGAAGUGUAACAACCGCAGGGAAUUUUGCCCUCGAAGUGCACUUAUUAAGAUCAGCCAAAACAAGUAUGCUCUCUCUUGUUCUCAUAUAAAGUCACCCCCAAUUCAGGAGAAACUCAGAGCGGAUAACAUGGAGGCAAAGAGUUCUUCCCCACUUUGUCAAGUGAAAGAAGUUGACCAUGGACAGCCAAGACAAGAGAACCUUAGUAAGAAGAAAAAGAAAGCUGCCAAGAAGCCACCUCUUCAGAUGUCCUCAGACUCGGAUGGCUCUUCCCAUGGCACCAGGUCCCAAAAGUCCAAUCCUGACCUUUCCUGAGUCCAAGAUGGGGGUUGGGGACACCUACAAACACUUUGAAAUCUCCUUUUAGAAUAGUGUAUGUGAGAUUAUUCCCUAGUUUCCAGACCAGUGUAGGUCCCAGCACAGUGGAAACCCUAAUCCCUUUAAGCACGCUGACUUCCAUUCUCCCAGAGAAGGCCCUUGGCCAGUGGCCUAGGGCUCAACCAGCCUCGCCUACACUGCUCCGCCUGCACCCAGAGCAGCCCUGCCCUGCCCUCUCCAAGCCUCCCAGCAGCAAAGGGCUAGGACCUGUCACCGAGAACUCCUGGCACACUAGUGGCAAGAAGCCAACAUUCCUCCAGGGCUGCCCAGGUCCCAGCCACUCACCCCCCCAUAGAGCAAGCCCCCUCCUGAGGUAAGGGCCCCCUUUAUUCCACCUCUGCCUUCAUAGGUGAUGACCACGACAGCUCCUCUUUUGGACUCCAACCUGAUUAUUCUGAUUGCUUGGGUUCUGGUUCUUGGCUUUGCUGGCCUGCCUUUAUCUUAUUUCUUGUUAUCUCCACAAAAUUGUUCUCCAUUUUGUGGUACAUUUCUACAUACUUAGAAGUUCUAACCUGACCAACUCCCUUCAUAGAAUUUUUAAGGUAUUGGGAAUAGGCUCC